AUGCAGGAAUUAGAAUUGGGAAUUGGAGUACAUUCAAUUGUGAUAAGGCCUUCUGUUGGAACCUUAAACAAUACUUGCAGCAUCAAAGGUCUUAUUGCAGCUCUUUGCUUCCACCAAAUGUUUGAAGGAAUGGGCCUCGAUGGUUGCAUUCUCUAGGCUGAGUACAAGCUAUCCAAGAAGAUGGUAAUGGUGUUCUUCUUCUCUGUAACGACGCUGUUUGGCAUUGCCCUAGGGAUUGCAUUGUCAAACACAUACAAAGAGAACAGUCCAACGGCAUUGAUCUCAGUAGGGUUGUUGAAUGCUUCAUCAGCCGGGCUUCUAAUCUACAUCGCUCUAGUUGAUCUUCUUGCUGCUGACUUCAUGGGCCAAAAGUUGCAGGGAAGCAUUAAGCUUCAGCUUAAAUCUUAUGCUGCUGUUCUUCUUGGUGCUGGUGGCAUGUCCCUCAUGGCAAAAUGGGCUUGA